AUGGUGGUUUUCAGAAAGGGUGAUCACGUGUGGCUGGACACUCAACCAUACAGUGAAUUUAACGUCCCUAUUGGGGCAGUUGUAAAGGACUCUGACUCAGGACGGAUCUUGCUGGAGGAUGAUGAAGGCAAGGAGCACUGGAUCACAGCUCGGAACAUGCACAUGGUGCGCCUGAUGCACCCCUCCUCUGUCCAGGGGGUGGAAGACAUGAUCCGCCUUGGGGAUCUCCAUGAAGCAGGCAUGGUGCACAACCUCCUCAUCCGCCACCAGGAGCACAAAAUCUAUACUUACACAGGAUCAAUCUUGGUAGCAGUGAAUCCGUACCAGCUGCUGCCCCUCUACACAGUUGAUCAGAUCAGACUGUACUGUAACAGGAGGAUUGGAGAGCUACCACCUCAUGUCUUUGCCAUUGCAGACAACUGUUAUUUCAAUAUGAAGAGGAACAAGAGAGACCAGUGCUGUGUGAUCAGUGGAGAAUCUGGAGCCGGGAAGACUGAAAGCACCAAGCUAAUACUACAGUUUUUGGCAGCUGUCAGUGGCCAGCAUUCCUGGAUAGAGCAGCAAAUCCUAGAGGCCAACCCCAUUCUGGAAGCUUUUGGCAAUGCCAAGACGAUCCGAAAUGACAACUCAAGCCGCUUUGGGAAGUACAUCGACAUCCACUUCAACCAGAGCGGCGUGAUCGAAGGAGCCCGGAUAGAGCAGUUUCUGCUGGAGAAGUCCCGUGUCUGCCGGCAGGCUCCAGAGGAAAGGAACUAUCACAUCUUCUACUGCAUGCUAAUGGGAAUGAAUACAGAGCAGAAAAAGAUGCUGAAUCUGGGCACUGCUUCGGAGUACACUUAUCUCACUAUGGGCAACUGCAUCUCCUGCGACGGCCGCAACGAUGCAAAGGAUUAUGCCCACAUCCGCUCAGCUAUGAAGAUCCUCAUGUUCUCAGACUCUGAGCACUGGGACAUCAGCAAGCUGCUGGCUGCAAUCCUGCACCUGGGGAACAUAGAGUUUGAAGCGGCUGUGUAUGACAACCUGGACUGCUCUGAUGUGAUGGACUCGCCACACUUCUCAAUCGCAGCCAAACUGCUUGAGGUGGACUCCAGUGAACUCCGGAACAGUCUGACAAAUCUCUCCAUCAUUAUCCGAGGUGAAAGUGUGUCCAGGCCUCUGAACAUUGUUCAAGCUGCAGAUGGAAGGGAUGCCUUUGUGAAGGGUAUAUAUGGGCGGAUUUUCCUCUGGAUAGUGAACAAGAUCAACUCAGCCAUUUUCAUCCCAGCUUCUCAGAAGCCUAAGGACAGGCGUCAGUCCAUUGGGCUGCUGGACAUUUUUGGAUUUGAAAACUUCAGCAACAACAGCUUUGAGCAGCUCUGCAUCAACAUUGCCAAUGAGCACCUUCAGCAGUUCUUUGUGCACCAUAUCUUCAAGCUGGAGCAAGAGGAAUACCUUGCAGAGCACAUUGCCUGGAGUAACAUUGACUUCACUGAUAACCGCCAGACUCUGGAAGUCAUCGCACUCAAGCCUAUGAACAUCAUCUCCCUCAUUGAUGAAGAGAGCAAGUUCCCAAAGGGUACAGAUGCCACCAUGCUAGUCAAAAUCAAUUCUCUCCAUGGCAAAAGUAAUGUCUACAUCCCACCUAAAAGUGUCCAUGACACCAAGUUUGGCAUCAAUCACUUUGCUGGGGUUGUCUUCUAUGAAUCAAAAGAUUUCCUGGAGAAAAAUCGAGACACCCUGAGUGCUAAUGUAAUGCAAGUGAUUCAUUCCUCCAAAAACAAAUUCCUCAAGGAGAUUUUCCAGGUAGAAACCACCCCACCUAGUCUGGGACGUGGAACCAUCCGACAUAUGGCAGCUGACUAUUCCUACAAGGGCGUGGAUACCACCAAACGGCUCUCUACUCUGGGAGGACAGUUCAAGCAAUCCCUGGAGAAACUAAUGAAAAUCCUUGAGCAGUGCCAGCCAUACUUCAUCCGCUGCAUCAAGCCAAAUGACUACAAGAAACCUCUGCUGUUCGACCGGGAGCUGUGCAUCAAACAGCUGCGCUACUCAGGGAUGAUGGAGACCAUCCAGAUCAGGAAAGCUGGCUACCCAAUUCGCUACAGCUUCCAGGAGUUCUUUGAGAGAUACAGAGUUCUCCUGCCCUGGGCUCUUCGGGAACAGCUGAAAAAUGAUGUUCGCCAGAGCUGUAUCCACAUCUGUGAAGCAGUGCUGGGCAAGGAUGAAAGCUGGCAAGCUGGAAAGACCAAGAUUUUCCUUAAAGAUCAUCAUGAUACAGUAUUGGAGCUGCAACGCCAAAACAUACUUACAGAUAAGGUUCUCCUUAUCCAGAAGGUGAUGAGAGGAUUGAAGGACAGGAAGCGGUUUCUGAAACAGAGGAAGUCUGCUGUAGCCAUUCAGUCAGCCUGGCGAGGCUACUGCUGCCGGAAGGACUUCAGAAUGGCAAUGCUGGGCUUCGGGCGCCUGCAGGCUCUGUACCGCAGCCGGCACCUCGCCAGGCAGUACGAAGGGACCCGGGCUGGUGUCAUCAGGCUGCAGGCCGUGUGCCGCGGCUACCUAACGCGCCAGAAGAACAAGCUCAAGCUGGAGGCCAGGAAUAUCCGCUUGGAAGAAGAGAAACGUCUCGUCCAAGUCCUUGGACCAGCAAAAGCAAGGGAAGAAGCUAUGAGAUUAGAGAAGGAGCACCUGGCUACCCUGGAGAGAGAAGAGGCAGAAGCAAGAGAAAGGAAGAAUGCUCUUGACCAUAAGCGAACAAAUCAUGAUGUUCUCAGUGACCAAGAAAUGGUGGACAAAAUUUUUGGGUUUUUACCUGCUAUGAUUGGAGGCCAAGAAGGACAGGCUCCUCUGGGAUUUGAGGACUUGGAAACAAAGCCUAACAAGCUGGAGGAGGUGGACCUGGAUAUGGUUCCCAUGAGUGUGGAGCUAGAAGAGGAAGCAGAUGGCUUGGAAGAGUACACCUUCCCAAAGUUUGCAGCUACUUAUUUCCAGGGGUCUUCUACACAUACUCACAUCCGGAGACAGCUGCGGCAGCCACUACUCUAUCACGACGACAAGGACAACGUCCUGGCUUCUCUAGUUGUGUGGGUUAUCAUCCUGAGGUUCAUGGGGGACCUGCCAGAGCCAGCAAUGUUUGCCAAGAAUUCUACCACCAAGAGCAGCUCUGUGAUGACACAGAUAUACGACACACUUGGAAGGAAAAACCAGGUCCAGUUCAGAAAUGACAGCCCAAAUAUGAAAGAAAUCAGAAAGGAUAACAAGAUUUCGAAGGGGAUCUCUUCCCUGAAGCUGAAACGGUCAUCCAAGUUGACAGGGAAGGUAGCAAACCAGCUAAGAAGUGGAGAAGAGGCUUUCCAAGAGGACAGCUCAAUCACUGAGAGACCUAUGUCCAACCUAGAAAAAGUGCACUUCAUUAUUGGCAAUGCCAUCCUGCGCCCUGCCAUCAGAGACGAGAUCUAUUGCCAGAUUUGCAAACAGCUCACUGAAAACAACAACAGGAGCAGCUAUGCUCGAGGCUGGAUCCUUCUGUCACUUUGCCUUGGUUGCUUUCCUCCUUCAGACACAUUUGUGAAGUACCUGUUGAAUUUCAUCCACCAUGGGCCCACAGGCUAUGCCCCAUAUUGUGCUGAACGACUGAGACGUACCUAUGUCAACGGAGCACGCACUGAACCUCCAAGCUGGCUGGAACUUCAGGCAACAAAGCAGAAGAAACCAAUUAUGUUUAAUGUCACCCUGAUGAAUGGCCAAAGCAUCACUGUCCCAGCAGACUCCGCUUCCACAGCAAAGGAAAUCUGUCAGUUCAUAGCAGAUAAAAUCAAACUGAAGGAUGUAUUUGGUUUUUCACUCUACAUUGCUGUGUUUGAUAAGGUCUGGUCACUGGGUGGGGGACGAGAUCACGUCCUGGAUGCCAUCUCUCAGUGCGAACAGCUGGUGAAGGAGCGGGGCACACACGAACGCAACGCUCCCUGGCGCCUCUACUUCCGCAAGGAAAUCUUUACCCCCUGGCACAACUCCCAGGAAGAUCCUGUCAGCACUGACCUCAUUUACCACCAAGUCACUCGUGGCGUCCGGUUUGGAGAGUACCGUUGUGAGAAGGAGGAAGAUUUGGUGGAGAUAGGUGCAAAAUACUGUUACAUCCAGUUUGGAGAUUCCAUCCACAAUGAACUUGUGCAGAAAGUGCUCCAUGACUGUAUCCCAGCAAAACAGCUCAAGUCCAAGCCCCUGGAAAAGUGGGUGAGCCUUAUAACCUAUGCACAUGCUAAGGCCCCAUACACCCAGGACCGUCUCUCCAGUCAGACUGUGAAGGAGCAGCUUGUGGAUUUCGCUCGCUUUCAGUGGCCUUUGCUGUUCUCACGAUUCUUUGAAGUCACAAAGUUUUCAGGUCCCAGCUUGCCCAAGAACCACUUUAUCGUCGCUGUGAAUUGGAAAGGUAUCUGCUUCUUGGAUGAGUCGGAGAAGCGACUCCUGGAGCUGACCUUCCCAGAGAUAACUGGCAUCCACACCAACAGGGCAGUGAAGACAUUUGGACAGAGUUGCACUCUCAUCACACUUCGUGCCGAGGAGUUUGUCCUAACAUCUGUCAACAGUGUUGUCAUUGCUGAAUUGGUGGUCAUGUUCCUGGAAGGCCUGAAGAAGAGAUCACAAUUUGCUGUGGCAAUGCAAGAGAAAAAGUCCCCAGAAGACCCUGCCAUUCUGUCCUUCAAGAAGGGAGACUUACUAAUCCUUGCUGAAGACAAAAGGCUGGAUGGCAACUCUGGCUGGAUCUCUGCCCAGAAUGAAAGGACAGGCAAAACAGGGAAUGUAUUUUCAGAAGACAUCUACAUCAUUCCUUCUCUCACAAAACCCUCUAGUCAAGUGCUGAGUUUGCUGAUGAUGUCCCCAGACCAGAGGAGGACAGCUUCACAGACCUCUUUUGUGGAUGAACCUGAUGAGGAAGAUCCCAAAGUGAAGCCUUACACCUUGGAGGAGUUCUCCUAUGAAUACUUCAGGACUCCUGAGAAGGAAUCCAUCAGCAAAGCUGUUCUGCAGAAAUCCCGUGGGCGAAGCCAGCUAUGGGCACACUCCAAGGAGCCCCUGAAACAGCCCUUGCUGAAAAGAGCAUGCACAGAUCCUGAUCUUCGGGAUUUGGCCUGUCAGGCCUUCAUUGCCAUCAUGAAGUUCAUGGGAGACUAUCCCUCAAAACAGACACACUCCUCUGUAGAAGUCACUGACCAGAUCUUUGUAGCAGCUAUUCAGGAGGAGGUCUUGCGGGAUGAAAUUUACUGUCAGAUCAUGAAGCAACUGACUGAGAACAGAAACAGGUACAGCGUGACCAAGGGCUGGCAGCUCCUUUGGCUCUGCACUGGCCUGUUCCCACCCAGCAAGUCACUGCUGAAACAUGCCCAGAAGUUCAUUGAGACUCGUCAGAAAGAAACACUGGCCCUGGAGUGCAGUCGGAGGAUCCAAACAGUGAUGAGGAGUGGCUCCAGGAAGUGGGCACCUCAUCCCGUGGAGGUCGAGGCCAUCUUACAGAACAACACUAAGAUCUCGCACAAGAUUUGCUUCCCCAAUGAAACAGAACAGACAUUUGACGUGGGAACAAACACCAAAAUCCGGUCUCUGUGUCAGAACAUUGCUUCCAAGCUGCAGCUGAGCUCCUGGGAAGGUUUCAGCCUCUUUGUGAAGAUUGCAGACAAGGUGAUCAGUCAGAACGAAGCAGACUACUUCUUUGACUCACUAAGGCAGGUGACAGACUGGAACAGAAGGAACAAACCAGGGAAAGAUGGAGCUAUGUCUGUGGCCUAUGAGGUGUACUUCAUGAGAAAGCUGUGGCUGAAUGUAACUCCUGGGAAGGACCUGAAAGCUGAUUCCAUGUUUCAUUAUCAUCAGGAGCUGCCCAAGUACCUCAGAGGCUACCACAAGUGUUCCAAGGAUGAGGCUGUCCAGCUGGCAGGCCUGAUUUAUAAGGUGCGCUUCAACAACGACCGCACGCAGCUGGCAGCCAUCCCCAAAAUCCUGAAGGAGCUGGUGCCAGACAAUCUGCUCCGAGCCACCUCACCAGAUGAGUGGAGAAAGAGCAUUACUGCAGCCUAUAGUAAACAUGAAGGAAAAAAUGUGGAUGAGGCUAAGAUUGCCUUCCUGAAAAUGAUACACCGGUGGCCAACAUUUGGUUCAGCCUUCUUUGAGGUGAAGCAAACCUCAGAGCCAAACUUCCCAGAGAUUGUGCUGAUUGCAAUCAACAAGCAGGGAGUCUCACUGAUACAUCACAAGACAAAGGAAAUUUUAACAGUCUACCCCUUCAACAAAAUCUCCAACUGGAGCAGUGGGAGCACAUACUUUCACAUGACAGUAGGGAACCUGGUACGAGGAAACAGGAUCUUAUGGGAGACAUCUCUGGGUUACAAAAUGGAUGACCUGUUAACAUCCUACGUACGCUUGCUAAUGAAUGCUGUAAACAAGCAAAAGAACCUGCCAGCCUGA